AAACAUUGACAGGUGUCGAAACGUGGCAACUCACAGUGACUCCAUGUCUGGGGAAUUGAUUGUCCCAUCACUAUUGGCAACCAAUGAUGUUGCCUGUGAUACUGUAAGUUACAAUCAGUUUUAAUAUAAAAUAAAUAAUAAAAGGAAAUGACAAGAAUCAACUGAAAGCUCUGCCCCAGCACCAGGGCCCAGUGUCACAUGAUAAACCAUUGCACCGAGUCUAUAAACACUGGAGGGUCAAGACCCGCACGUGAUUGGCUGGCCGCAUUAAUAACUCAGCCAAUAGCAUUACACCUCCUACACGCAGCAGCCACGCUUCGCUCAAACUACAAUUCCCAGCAUGAACCGCGCGGCGACCGUGCUCUUCCGGUCCCGCGUGAUUUCCGGAGCGGAUCGGAACCCGGAGCCUGGAUUCGGUUCCUUCUCGGGCUAUUGAGGAGCAGGUGUGAAUGAUGGCCCAGGAACCAAUGGAUGAGGCUGUAUUUAUAUGGUGUGAAGACUGUGGUCAAUAUCACGAUGCCGAAUGCCCCGAGCUGGGACCUGUGGUUACUGUACAGGAUUCUUUUGUUUUGAGUCGAGCCCGGUCUUCUCUUCCUACAAACCUGGAGAUCAGGCGGGCGGAGGAUGGAGCGGAAGGAGUUUUUGCCGUGACUCCGCUUGUGAAGCGCACCCAGUUUGGCCCAUUCGAGUCUAAGAGAGUCUCCAGACUGGACGAAGAGGCGGCUUUCCUGCUGAAGAUAUUCCAUAAGGACGGCCGGGUGGAGCUGUGCGACGCUUCCAGCGAGGACGACUGUAACUGGAUGAUGUUUGUGCGACCGGCCAUGGAUUUCUCCCACCAGAACUUGACGGCCUUUCAGCACGGCAACGACAUCUACUUCACUACCUCCCGGGAUAUAGAGCUAGGGGCCGAGCUGAGAGUGUGGUACGCUGCCUUCUACGCCAGGAAAAUGGAGAAAGCUCUGCUCAAGCCUCCCAUACCCUGCCACGAUGAGGUGAAUUUCUUGGCCGCUGAACCUGAAAAAGACUUGAACCCAAGUUCCUCCACGACUCCCGCAAGCACCAUACUGUCUUCCAAAAAGAUAAAAGUGACCCAUCCCCCCGCAGCCUACACUUCAGUUUCAUGUCAGGACAACAGCGACAUCAUUCACGUGGAAACCUGCCACUGGACCUGUAAAGUGUGUGGCACUGCCUUUAUGGAACCCAAUCUGUUGACAGAACAUUUGUUAAGUCACUUGGAACAAGCCAAAGGGAUCCCCCCUCCAACUCCGUGCGACACCUCCUACUUGGAGUGCGAUACUGUGAGUGUGAUCCCCGACCAGGCCGUCGUCUGCGCCGACUCCAACGCAAACCUGGAGCUGAAGAAGAAGCCGAAGAGGAGCCGGAAGUCCAAGGUUCCAAAAGGCGACAUCCCCCUUGUGAUCGUGGAUGAUGACAGUCCCCCAGAACACAACCCCAUCUUAUACAAUCCAGUCUUCUCGUCCGACCGAGUGGCGGAAAUUAUAACCGAGAUCCCUCCCGACGACGUUCAACUGCAGCACGACUCCGAGGACAAGUUCAUGGAGCUGAUGUUGGGCAAAUUACCCAAUGCCACCAACAGCCUGACCCCUGUCUCCAAAUUUGCUUUUCACCAAAACAACAGUUCCAUGAAGAGAAGCCUGUUGCUCCCGGGGAGCCGACACGGGAUCAGGCGCAAGUUUGCGAGGCAGCUGGGAGAUCACAAGCGCGUGUUCCAGUGCAACAUCUGCGCCAAACUUUUCCGUAACAGCAGCAACCUCAGUCGGCAUGUCCGAUCCCACGGGGACAAGCUGUUUAAGUGUGAGGAGUGCUCGAAACUCUUCAGUCGGAAGGAGAGCCUCAAGCAGCACGUUUCUUAUAAGCACAGCAGGAACCAGGUAGAUGGGGAUUACAGAUAUCGCUGCAACACCUGCGAGAAAGCUUUUCGGGUACAAGGAUUUUUGGAGUUUCACAACUGCAGAACAGAUGACAAGUCGUUCCAGUGCGAGAUGUGCUACCGCUUCUUCUCCACCAACAGCAACCUCUCCAAGCACAAGAAGAAGCACGGGGAGAAGAAAUUCGCCUGCGAGAUCUGUAACAAACUGUUCUACCGGAGAGACGUUAUGCUGGAGCAUCACCGGAGGCACCUGGAAGGAGUGAGACGCGUCAAACGGGAAAGCCUCCAUCAGAACACCGACAAUUCAAUCCGAUACAAAAAGGAACCGUCUGCCUGUCCUGUAUGCGGAAAGAUGUUCUCCUGCAGAAGCAACAUGAACAAGCACCUCCUCACCCACGGAGACAAGAAAUACACCUGCGAAAUCUGCGGCCGGAAAUUCUUCCGAGUGGACGUUCUGCGGGAUCACAUCCACAUCCAUUUCAAGGACAUCGCACUGAUGAACGACCAGCAGCGGGAAGAGUUCAUUGGGAAGAUCGGAAUCUCGUCGGAGGACAAUGACGAAAACUCUGAUGGGAGUGUAGAAACGGAGCCCCACAAGUACAGCUGCAAGAGGUGCCAGAUUUCAUUUGCUCGGGGGAAGGAAUACCUCAAGCACAUCAUGGACAUCCACUCAGAGAACGGCUAUGACUGCAGCAUUUGUCACCGGCGCUUUGCCCUCAAAGCAACAUAUCACGCUCACAUGGUCAUUCACCGGGAGAACCUGCCUGACCCAGAGGUGCAGAAGUACAUUCACCCUUGCGAGGUCUGCGGCAGGAUUUUCAACAGCAUCGGAAACCUGGAGAGACACAAGCUCAUCCACUCGGGAGUGAAGAGUCACGGCUGCGAGCAGUGUGGGAAAUCAUUCGCCCGGAAAGAUAUGUUAAAGGAGCACAUGAGGGUUCAUGACAACCUCCGGGAGUAUCUCUGCGCCGAAUGUGGGAAAGGGAUGAAGACCAAGCACGCUCUCCGGCACCACAUGAAGUUGCACAAGGGCAUCAAGGAGUACGAGUGUGUGGAGUGUCACCGCAGGUUUGCCCAGAAGGUCAAUAUGCUGAAACACUACAAGAGACACACAGGGAUCAAAGACUUCAUGUGUGAACUGUGUGGAAAAACAUUCAGCGAAAAGAACACCAUGGAAACCCACAAACUCAUUCACACAGAAGUGGGGAAGCAGUGGACGUGCGCGGUGUGUGACAAGAAGUACGUGACCGAGUACAUGCUCCAGAAACACGUCCAGCUCACCCAUGACAAGGUGGAGGCGCAGAGCUGCAAUCUGUGUGGGACCAAAGUGUCAACCAGAGCGUCCAUGAGCCGCCAUUUAAGGCGCAAGCACCCAGAGGUCCUUUCUGUACGGAUUGAAGACUUAGAUGACCUGCAAGAAUCUGAGGCCAUUGACACAUCACUAAGCAUUGUACAGAGAGAGCUGGAUGUGGAAGAGAAUGAAGGCUUGCAGCGGCCAAAGAGAAAUGGUAUCGCCCGAGCAAGGAAGGGCAAAGCUCCGGAGGAAGAAGGAGAGGAGCAGGAAGAUCCCACAUUUACGGGAUAUCAGGAGAAAGAGUUUACACACAGCAGUGGGGAUGAGGAUGGUUCCGCUGUGGAGACGUUGCAGCAGGUUGUGGUCACAAUCAGCGAUGGGAGUAUCCCUGUACCAUCUUGUACAGUUGGCCUCACAAACAUUACUGUAACUCCCAUAACAACCACAGCAGGCACUCAAUUUGCCAGUCUCCAGCCUGUGGCUGUGGGUCACUUGGCCGCCUCUGAGCGGCAGUUGCAGCUCGACAGUUCCAUCUUGACUGUCACCUUCGAUGCAGUCAGCGGCAGUGCUGUGCUACACAAUCGCCCCGCAGAACUGGCAAUUGCGGCCUCGCAGGACGCCGCCGGACCUCAGCCCGUAGCGCACUUCAUCAACCUCACCACGUUUGUGAACUCCAUCGCCCCUCUGGGAGGUCAGAUUUCUAGUGAGGCGCCGUUGACAUGGAGGGCAGUGCCUGCGGGGGAAACCCUGCCUCCUCCUGAAGAAGAUCAGCCCUCCGAGCAGGAGCACCAGUCAUCAGGGCCACACACUGUGCAGGAGGUUCCCACGGACACACAAGGACAAAUGUACAGUUACUAAGCUAUCUCUGGAGUGGACGAUUGGGAUGUGCAGCUAUCAGAGAGCCAAUUGGUUCGUCAGCUAAAACGCCAUGUCGUUAUAUGUGUGAGUGUAUCAUUUCAGGACUACCUUGCAGAGCUAUCCUGACACUGGAAAAUACUGAAAAGACUGAACUUGGGCCAAUACUGUAAUGGGCAGAUUUAUCAAGGGUCGAAGUGAAAAUUCAAGUUUUUUUUUUUUAUAGCCAAAACUGUCAAAUUCGACUAGGGAAUUAUUAAAAUUCGAUUCAAGUU